AUGAUGCAGGAUCACUCACAAGACAAUCAGCUGCCAGACGAUCAACGGAUCGUGAUCACCGGAGUCGGUGUUGCUUCUCCGAAUGGUGACAACCUCAAUGAGUUCCGUGCUGCCUUGUUGGAAGGAAAGUCGGGUGUUGAGCCAUUCGAAACCCGCUAUAUUAAGCAGCCUGUGCUGGCAGGCGUUUGUCACUUCGACGAAUUUAAGUAUCAGAAACGCAAAGAGCGUCGUCGGGGAACCCGAGCAGGUUCGGUUUCCAUCUAUUGUGCAAAUGAGGCGGUCAUCGACUCUGGAAUAGAUUGGGAAAACUAUCGGAAGGAUCGGGUUGGCGUUUAUCUCGGCAUUACUGAGCAUGGGAACGUCGAAACAGAAAACGAGAUCUAUGAGAUUUCUCAAUUCGACUACGAUACGAAAGUCUGGUCCCACCACCAUAACCCGCGGACUGUCGCCAAUAAUCCUGCUGGUGAAGUCACUCUGAAUAUGAAAAUCACCGGCCCUCAUCUCACUGUUGGGGCCGCCUGUGCAGCUGGCAAUGCUGGAUUUAUUCAGGGAUUGCAAAUGCUGCGGUUAAAGGAAGUUGAUCUGGCGAUUGCUGGUGGCGUAUCAGAGAGCACUCAUACAUUUGGAAUUUUUGCCAGUUUUGCCAGUCAGGGAGCUUUGGCUUGGCAUGAGGACCCUGCGAAAGCAUGUCGCCCAUUUGAUGUGAAUAGAAACGGGAUUAUCGUCGCUGAGGGAGGUGGGAUUUGUACGCUUGAACGUCUUUCCGAUGCGCGCGAGCGAGGAGCCAAAGUUUAUGGUGAGAUUGUUGGGUAUGCGAUGAACUCUGAUGCGUCAGAUUUUGUAUUGCCCUCCUCGACGCGACAGUCAGAGUGUAUUCAACUCGCAUUGAACAAAGCGGGACUGACCUCUGACGACAUUGACAUCGUCUCCAGCCAUGCGACAGCGACUGAGCAAGGUGAUAUCGAGGAGUCAAAAGCCUUGAAGUCUGUAUUCGGAGAUCGCCCGGGAGUGGCGAUCAAUAACACGAAGAGCUUUAUCGGUCACGCGAUGGGAGCAGCUGGGGCGUUAGAGAGAGAGACCGGAAUGACUCCACCGGAAAUUCGACAAGUUAUCAUCGACAUCCUGGAGCGAAUUGCCCCUGACGAAGAUUUGUCAGAACUCGACGAUUCCGUUGCCUUUCGCGAGCAAAUGGAGCUCGACAGCAUGGACUUCCUCGAUAUCGUCAUGGAACUUCGGAAGUUGUACCGAGUGCAGAUUCCAGAAUCUGAUUAUGAGCAUUUGGGCUCAAUGAACAGUACUGUUGAGUACCUGACUCCUCUUCUCAAAGAUGCUUGA